UCCCUUUUUCGAUUACUUACUCAUGUCUAUUAGGAGCUUCUAGCUUUUUCCACUUUCACACUCUGUAUAAAAGCGUCUUCAAAUCAGCAUCACCGUGCUUCGCACUACGUUUGUUCAGCUUCUUCGCGUUCGUCUUCUCUGCUUCCUUAGCUAGACCGAUGGCUGAAGAUUUGGCUUUGGAUUUGGAAGAACUUCGUCACUUGCAGAGCAUGGCAAAGCGACCUCGAAGCAUCUCUCUCCUCUCCUCCGAAAUUAACAACCUGGAAAAGUUAUCAAAGGAGACGCCUGCACCUCCACCACAGAUUCCAGCUCCAAUUUCAACUGGAACUAAGGUGCCAUCUAUUCCAGCCCUCAAGUAUGCAACACUUAGUUCAUUCAGUUGGGAUCAAGAUAAUGAGAAACUCAAGAUAUAUGUAUCUCUAGAAGGAGUUGAGGAGAAUAAGAUCGAGACUGAGUUCAAACCAAUGUCCGUUGAUGUCAAAUUCCAUGAUAUCCAGGGCAAGAACUACCGAUGUGCUAUACCAAAACUGCACGGUGAGAUAGUACCUGAGAAAUGCAAGGUGUUGGUCAAGCCGACAAGGGUGAUCAUCACAUUGGUCAAGGCUUCCAAAGGAAACUGGCCAGAUCUUCACUUCAAAGAAGACAAGAUGAAACCUAAUUUGGAUAAAGAGAAAGACCCUAUGGCUGGAAUCAUGGACUUAAUGAAGAAUAUGUAUGAGGAAGGAGAUGAGGAAAUGAAGAGAACAAUUGCAAAAGCAUGGAGUGAUGCUAGAUCUGGAAAAACGGCUGAUCCUCUAAAGGGUUACAAGUGAGAGAGAUAAGAUGGAUUUAAUUAUUUCUUAUGUAUUUCUCAUUUUUUAGAGUAUGGGUUGAUUUCCUUGAUUUGAGUCGUAUACUGGGUGGCGAGAAUGAGGAAAAGAGCCGUAUGUUAUAUUUGGAUUACUGGGCUUAAUUCGAUGGCAUCUGUUGUAGGUGGAAUGUUAAACUACUGUUUCUAAGUUCGAUGUUGGGGGAGAGUAUCUCUCUGUUUUGCUCUCUCGCUCGUUCUUUGAUUAUUUGGAUACUUAGGGUUCAUUUACAGGCCUUAGCUGCGAGCAAUUCAUCUUUGAAAAUGUUGCACAUGCCUCAGAAUGGUUGCACUCAACAUAAAAUGAGUGUGUUACUGUUAACC